AAGCGGAAGCGGAAGCGGCGCCGAUGGCGGGCGGCGGGAGCGAUGAGGAAGCGGCGCCGAUGGCGGGCGGCGGGAGCUGGCUUGAGGCGGAGGCGGCCUGCGAGGCCCUCCGCUUGCUGCGUAUCGAGCCGUCGGCCGUCGGGCCCGACGCGGGGCGGGUGGGCGGCGCGGCGCGGUGCUCGAGGAACGUGCUGCGGAAGCGGAGGCGCUGGGAGCGGGUGCUGGCGGCCAAGAGGAUGAAGCGGCGGCAGGAGCGGGAGAGGAGCCGGGCUCGGCGGGCCCAGGGGGCAGGGGCUGCCCUCCGGGACGGUGGGAAGGUGCCGGCCACCCUCGCAAAGGAACGGCUUCUGCAGGCCCGGGCGGCGGGGCCCCGGCUUUGCGUGGACCUCGGCGUGGCCGAUCGCAUGACAGAGAAGGAAACAAGCCGCCUCGCAUCCCAGAUCAGGAGACUCUACGGGGCAAACAGGCGGGCCAAGAAGCCGUUUUGGCUCUGUCUGACAGAGUUCGUGGUGGGUUCGUUGAUCUACAAGGAGUGUCUUCGCAUGAACGACGGCUUCUCCAGUUACUUGAUGGAUACAACUCAAGAAAGUUACCUGGACCUAUUUCCUUUAGAUGCGAUUGUUUAUCUCACUCCUGACUCCGACAAUGUCCUUGAAGAUAUUGAUCCAAAUAAAGUGUAUGUCCUUGGAGGCCUGGUGGAUGAAAGUAUUCACAAGAAGCUGACCCUGCAGAGGGCACAAGAGCAGUCCUUGCAAACAGCCCGCCUCCCCAUUCGUGAGUACAUGGUGAAAGCAGUUAACACCAAAAACUACCACUCGGAGACGCUGGCCAUUAAUCAAGUCUUUGAUGUCUUAGCAACUUACUACGAGACGCGAUGCUGGCCAGCAGCUUUGAAAGCGGGAGUUUCUUCUGGAAAAGGUUAUGUGCUACCAGAUGCGGGGAAAUAAGUGGAAAUACCUCAGCGUGACAAUGCACAAGAAAACUCUUUUUAUUUUUUGAUGGUAAGGAGCUGUGCAUACAAGAAAGGCAAACUCCAGAUUUCAAGCAGAGUAACCAGCAUGAAUGUGCAUAGAGAAAACAGCUCUGCUUAAAUCUUGUUUGAGGACCUUGUCGAGAGUGUCGUGUUCUACCUCAGCAGUACAAUGCUGGGAAUUACUUUUCCCCUUGAACAGAAAAAAAAACCCACAACUGAUUGAGCCCUGGGAUCAAGUGAAAACUUGACAGGAAUUCAGUUUUGCUUCAUUGCAGAUGCUGCUUAGAGUGUUUCUGACUCCUGCAUCUACAUUUGUUCUGGAACGGGGAUGAGAGCUUUAGGCUAUUUCACCUCGAUUAAACAGUAAGUAAGGUGAAGUUAGAAUUGCAAAGCUCGGUGGUGAGGAAGAUUCCUUCCCACGGAAAAAGGACAGUGCUGUUUCAGCUGGGGAACACCACAUGGGAAGUGGCUCCCCAGUGGAGAAACUAUUCUUAGGUGCACCAUGUCCUAACUACUUUAAACCAAUUGAAGACUUGGCGAGUUGUUGAAGCCUACAGCUAAUUCUGUGCAUCUACGCUAAAAUAAAAUGUUUACUCUUAAACUCC